GACAGGUACUAUUCUACUGGUGAGGAGAAAGACUAGUCAGUUGACAGAGACAGACAGGCAGAUAGAAAGCACAGAGCAAGAUAACCUCAGAUGUGUUUUUAGUGUUUGAUUCAAAAGACUAUUAUCAUCAUCAAACCACUCUGGAACAACAAAAAAAACGGUCAAGAGGAAACCAACAUCUAACCAAGAAAAUAUCUACAGUAGUUUCUACAACAGAAGACUGGAAAGAGAGCUGCUAUACUUGUAAAGACAGUACAGAGAGUGUUUCAUCGUUAUUAUUCACCAGCCCAGUAACUGACCAUCAUGACACAUCAGGUCAGCCGCUCUCCAUUCCUCAAGCCCUUCUACACCAGGACCCCGGUUGGUGGAGUCAUUCCGCGAACCCAGAGACGCCACACGCUCCCCGCCAGUGAGUUCAGGAACCUGACCCCACAGGACGCCAUCAGCGUGUUCGAGAUCGAGAGAGAAGCAUUCGUCUCUGUGUCUGGUGAGUGUCCACUCACUCUUGACGAGGUGCUGAACUUCCUAAGUCAGUGUCCGGAGCUCUCCUUGGGCUGGUUUGAAGAGGGCCAGCUGGUGGCGUUCAUCAUCGGCUCAGGCUGGGGCAAAGAGAGACUGGAGCAGGAGGCCAUGACCCAGCAUAUCCCAGAAACCUCGGCAGUGCACAUCCAUGUGCUGUCUGUACACCGCCACGCUCGCCAGCAGGGUAAAGGUUCCAUCCUGCUGUGGCGCUACCUGCAGUACCUGCGAUGUGUGCCAGGCCUCCGGAGGGCCCUGCUGGUCUGUGAGGAGUUCCUGGUGCCCUUCUACCAGAAGGCAGGCUUCAAGGAAAAGGGGCCUUCUGCCAUCACCGUGCCCAACCUCACCUUCCAGGAGAUGGAGUACCAUAUCGGCGGAGCGGCCUACGCACGGCGGAACAGCGGCUGCUAGUCACUGCUGGCCGUCACCACCCCGCUCAUAAUCACAUCAACCCUAGCACUGGAACUCAUCCACCAUGUAAACAUAGACUCUGGUCAUCACAGGUGACCGUCCAGACCACACUACAGCAGACAGACAGAUCCAAGCACCAACCUGGUCUCAGAGCAUUUCAUAAUAUUCUGUACGUAAAUUCGAGACACUCCAUUUAGUAUGAUAGGUUACAUUUGGUGUGGUUACAUAAGACAGAUGGUUACUUAAGGAGGGUGGGCAUGUAAAACGAACAUCUAGCAAAGAUUGCGAGUUCAAAUCUCCUCACGGACAACUUUAGCAACUUUUCAAUGACUUACUACUUUUUAGCUACUUUGCAGCUACUUAGCAUGCUAUCCAAAACUUCCCCUAAGCCUAACCUUAACCCUUUAAGCAAACCCUUCACGUUUAGCUAACCUUUCACGUAACUCUAACCUUAAACCUUUUAGCUAAUCUUCCCCUAAACCUAACCCUAACCUUAACACUUUAACUUAACUCAUAAACUUAACCCUAUCCCCUAACCUAGCUAAUGUUAGCGAGCUAGCUAACAUUAGCCACCUAGCUAGAAUUAGAAUAUUACACGUUAUGUAAAAUCCUAAUAUAUUGUAUGUUUUGCAAAUUCUGAACAUAUAAUAUGAAUUGUAAUUCGUAAUAUCAUACGAAAUGGGUGAUGGACAUCUACCUAUCAACACAUACCAUACCAAACGUAACAUAUCAUACUAAAUGGAUUAUCUCAGAUUUACAUACAGAAUCAUAUGAAAUGCUGUGAGACCAGGUUGCAACCACAGGUGCUCCGUGAGAGAAGGCACUGCCCCAUCAAUCUCAGCUGGAGCACCAGCAGGCUCCGAGACACCAUCUUUCAGUGCCUCACAGACAGCAUCCCGACCCCCUGCAACCUAGAGAGGGGACAUGCACCAUCACAUGAAGGGGACAAGAAUGUGUUUUCUUAGAAAACAGCAACAGAAAGAAAAACAAAUUGUUCGUGAUAGAAGACAGAAUCAGAAUAUGUUUGAGAUGCAAUGUCGAGUUUCUGCAUACUUUGUGUAUACGUCAUUGAAUUAUCAAAGUUCGAAUUUUGCAGUCUCAACAUUCUUCAUUGUAAUUAUGCUUCGUUUUGAGAGUAUUUAAAUUAAAUGUUCCUUGCCACAAAUCGUACUUUGUAGUACUAUUCUUGUUUGAGGUUUGUAUUACUACUAAUACUACUAUUAAUACUACUAAUACUACUAUACUAUUAGUACUACUAAUACUACUAUUGUUAUUGAGAUACUAACUCUACUAUUGUUAUUGAGAUACUGUUACUGAGAUACUACUAUUAUUGAGUUCUCUGAGUGUGAUGUAAAUAGCAUUUUAUUUUUCUAAACCCUAUUAGUCCUCUGGUGUGUUGAACUCUUUUCGUAUUAACACUAUGAUGUACUAAGGCAACAAAGGGAAACGAUGCCACUGAUUUUAUAGCUCCUCAUACUCCCUUUAACAUUGACAUACAUCACGAAAACAGUGGUGCCUUCAACAAAGCUGAUUGUUAGCGAACGGUAACUAAUGUUCACGUCUGAAAGUAAAGGGCAGCAUCAGUCACCACAGAAAAUCAGACAGACUUCACAGACGGAUUUCUUUUCUCGUUUUUUUUUACUGUUGUAUUCCGUUACAUAUGAGUAGAUAGGUAGCUAAAACACUACCUUGUUUCAAUCAAUCAUUACUUCUUAAGAAGCAACAAACAAAUAAAAGGAUAGCAUUCAAGUGCUCAACGUAUUGUAACAAAAAUAUGGCAGUAGUUGGUACAUUUAUCAGCAAGGCACCAAAGGUAUUAAUGUCUGAUUUGUUUGUCCCUGGUUGUUUUGAGAGGUUGCCUGAAUAAUUACAAAACCUACUCCUGGAUUGUGAGUGUUAAAAACAUGAAAAUAAACAUUUAAAAAAUA